UUUGUCGUACGAUACUGUUCGUCGUACGAUAAACUUUGUCAAGAUUUAACUUUUUCGUACGACACAAAGAAGCACGUCAUACGAUUGUCUAGUCACAAAAGAGAUGGAUAAUAUAUAGCUUAAAAGAAGAGACAUUCACUCGACGUAAAACGUUUAUUAAUACUUAUUUUGAAAGAAAGUAAUAAUAUUUAUCGCCGUUCGUCAUUAUCUUGUAGAAAGCGUAAUUUUGAUUACAUAAUGGAGGACGAUAUGUUCAAACUUUGCGUAGAUUGUGGUGAAUAUCCAAUUGAUGACGAUCAUGAGUGUGAAUUGCCGGAUACAAACAAUGAUGAUUCAAAUUUGGUAUCGUCACCAAUUGAAACAACUUUGACCGAAGUCCAAAAUGUGGAAGAAUUAAUUAAUGAAGUCUUUAAGCGAACACCAUUGUGGGACAGUACUUUACCUUAUGAAAAACGAGGUCCAUCCAGGACAAAAUUGUUAUGGUCAGCGAUUGAUAAAAAACUAAAUUUACGUCCAGGUACUGCGAAUGUUAAAUGGCGUAAUUUACGAGAUACUUACGUCAGAAAAUUAAGUGAACAGAAAAAGUACAUUCCAAGUGGAAGCGCUGCUGAAGCUAAGCCUAAAGUAUCAGGGCCAUAUUUUGAACUGUUAGGAUUUUUAAGACCAACAGUAAUGCGUAGAAAGACAUUUAGUAACAUAAGCCCACCUGCAUCUUUCAGUACUAAUAGUGAUAAACGUUACAUAGAGCAACAAUUAGAAAAGCUAAAUAGUAAUACGAGUUUAACAGCUUCCAGAAGCAACAGUAAUAAAAGUUGUACAUUCUCAGGAAACUGAUAUAUAACAUCAAGUCCAAAUUUAAGUGAUACAGGAGCUUCAGACAGUUCUUUGCAAGGAAACGUUGAUUAUUGUAACCAACGUAAAUUUAGAGCAGAUUAUUCACCAACACAACAAAAUGUAAAUUCGAUGAUAAAGAUAGAAGAGACUGAAAUAUCAAAAAAUAUACCAAAUAGCAGCUGUAAGAAUACAGCUAUAAAAAAUCUUAAAAUGUCAGGUAUGAGUGUAAUCCCUCCUAUUUUGUAUAUAUCCCAAUGACAUAUUUAUGUGUGCAUGUGUUAAAAUAUCUAUAA